AAGUUUCCAAAUAAAUCUAAAUUUAUGGAAGAAAAUUUUUUGGCACCAUGUGUGCUAUGCAAAAAAUCAAUCGAUACUCAAGAUAUAUUAGAUAAAAUAGAUAGAUUAUGGGAAAAUGAUAUGUACAAAAUUUGCAAGACAUGUGCAGAUUCAUUUUGUGGUGUUUCUUACUCUGAAAAAGGUGUUAUAGUUGAAAGAGCUUUCAAAAAUUUUACAACUCAGUCAAUACAAGAAAUUUCAACUUCGCCAUUGCUAACUUCUAUUUAUUCUGGACAACUUUAUAGUUACAGGCAUAAUAUGUAUAAAGCUGGAGGAAAGUUAAAAAAAAACCUCAUGGAUCAAGAUCUUAUGUCUCUAUUGCCGAAUGAUAAAAAAGAUGACUUAUUUCGUGCUAUAGGUUUAUCCUUUAAAAAUCUUAAGUUUAAUGAUUAUGCAUUCAAAGUAUUAAUUCCUGAAGCUAUAUUAUAUCUUUUUGCGAAGUUGGAAGGAAUAUCAAGAAUCAAGGCUGAAGUAUUAAUUAGUUCAUACUCUCUAGAAAGGACCAAUGAACAGUUAAAUGAAUAUUCAGAUGAGGAUGAUUUUGAAGAAACAAAUAUUGCAGUUAAAGUUGUAGAGUUACUGGCAAGUUGUUCUUGGCUUUUCUUCUCUGAUGCUUGCUGUUAUUAAAAAGAACCUAAACCAAAAAGAUUAUACUAUAUAUAAUGUUUUUUACGGAGGAGAGCGCAACGCUAAACUAAUUAAAUUAAAACAUUUAUAGCGUUCUUUUGUGGAAAAACCGGGACAAAGGCAGCCCUUUAUAUAGAUGAUUUUGUAUUUUAUUAUAUUUUUCAGAUAAUAAUACAUCAAGUUAAA